AUGUCGCAAUCACUCGGGGAGAUUUUUGGGGAGCUCGGUAUCUCACAGUAUCUCGAUGCCUUUGUCGACCAGGGCUUCGACACAUGGGAUACCAUUUUGGACAUCACAGAGUCGGAUCUGGACACGCUCGGCGUGAAGCUGGGUCAUCGCAGGAAACUGCAGAGGCGAAUCGCCAACUCACGAGGAGUCGCUCCGGAAGCGGCGCUGGCUUCUCCAACUGUAUCUCCGACGCAACAUAGUUUGGAAGAGCAACAACGACAUGAUGCACAGCGGGCUGAAACGCCUCGGGCAGAUGCGACUGCCGGCGUCGCGACCAAGCGGAAGUACAGGCGGCAUCCAAAGGCAGACGAGAAUGCCCCUGAACGGCCUCCAUCGGCAUAUGUCCUGUUUUCAAAUAAGAUGAGGGACGAUCUAAAGGAUCAGCAUUUGACCUUUACCGAGAUCGCGAAGCUGGUGGGCGAGCACUGGCAAGCCCUAGCACCUUCAGAAAAGGAGCCCUACGAGACGCAGGCGCAAACGGCCAAAGACAAGUACAAUCACGAUCUGGCAGAGUACAAGAGGACUACACAGUACAAGGAGUAUAUCGCAUACCUGCAUGACUUCAAGCUGAAGCACGCCGCAUCCUCGGGGGAAAAGGAGAACCUCAAGAGGGUCAAACUAUCCGAGGGGAGCGCUUCCCCAAGCCACCCAUCAGCUCCACGCAGGGCUCGAAGCCACACGACACCAGUUGGUGGCGGCAGCGCCGGCGCCGCCGGUGCCGCCAGUGAAGGUCGCAAGGGCAGCGAGCCUCCCCCGGGGUUGAGGGACCAGAGGGUAGGAUCCGUCGCCAGUGUGCCCGAGUACAGCGCCUCGACAAACUACCCGAUAGACCGGUCCUCGGUUGAGCGCUCGCCGUCUCGCAGCUCGAGCCCAAACGAGGGCUCCGUUCACCGCGCCCCCUACUCGAAUCCCAGCGCGGCAUCUAUGCUUGACGGUCAUGGACAGUACCAACACGCGCCUCAACAGCACCACAACCUCCCAUCCUUGAGCAAUAUCCUGGAGAACCCGGGCCAGAACGAGGAGAGCCGAGGAGGUUUCAAUCCCUUUCAGGGCGGUUCGCCAGCCCUCCAUGAGCAUCACGCGCCCGCGCUGAAGAAGGAGUUCUUCUCGGGUGCGAGUCCAUCCUCCUCGACCGCCUCGGUCUGCCACCACCCCCGCACUUCGGUCGAGGGUUCCUUACCGAUCCAUCUACUUUUGGUGUCGGGCCAGGGAAAAGCAGGCGCCGUCUCUGCCCUCGAGCCGUCGGCGAUUAGCAGACCUUCAGAACGCAGCAACCCACGCAAGCGCUCGGCCUCGCCAGAAUCAAGGCCGUCAUCGCUGCUCCACUACGCUCACCAUCAUCACAUCGCCAGCGAUUCCUUGAUGAAGGCACAAGGUAUAACAACACCGAAGCCGUGGCGUGCAUAG